UAACCUCAUUCUAUCUCUACAAUCCUUAUCCUAUCCUUUGGCGGUAGCCGCCUUUAUUUACUAAAUGAAAAGUUUGUGAAAAAUAAUAGUUGGUUAUCCUAAUCACUUUUAGUUUCAGUUUAGAUUAUUCGAGGUUCCAAAUAAAAUCAUGCCUCCAACAGCCGCUAAAGAUUUUGCGAUAAUCCUCUUCGAUCUGAAAGCAGCUUCUCGUACAGAAGCAUUGCAUGCUCUCCUUGACGUCGUGCUGUUCAAGCAACUGUCCCAAUCGAAAGAUUUGUAUAAAAUUUUCCUUGUCAAUGCCAGCACUGCUUCCAAUUCAUUAUCAUACAAAGGUAUCAGGCACAUUGAUGCAUUCACAUGCAUUGCUACUUUAGCCGAAGAGAUAUCGAAUUGUGAAACCGGCACUUCAGAUUGGUGCGAAGCUUUGGAUCUAGCAAUCGAAGAACUGAAAGCUGGAAUUGGAGCGAUAACACUUCAGAUUUUAUUUAUAACCGAUUUAAUUUCAUUUGAAAGACCUAAUAAUGGCAAGUUAUAUGAUAACAUUAUAAAAGGAAUUAACGAUUUGGACAUUUUCUUGUAUGUAAUCGGACCUUCGAUUGACCCUCCCAAAACAAUCUAUUCACACAAAGAUGUCCAAGAAUGGAUGGCAAGUCUUGAAGUGGACACAACUAAUUCCAAUUUGAAAAUAAUGAGAAAAAUUGUAAUUAAAACUCCAAAUUCUGUUAUGUGUAAUUAUAUUGUUGGAGUGGAACUUUUUCACUCUUUUAAAUAUUUCAAAGGUAUGCAACCAUGGCUAGUUCCUUUAUCGUUUGGCUCUCUUUUGAAUCUUCCUGCUUCUACCAUAAGGCUAUCAAAAAGGGAACCACCCUUUAAACUAAAAAGUACAACCAAAGCAAAUUAUGCUGAGGAUAAAUGGGCUUAUGAAGAUCAACAAGACGUCUUAAUAGAUCAUCAUGAUACAGUCCCAGGAGUAAUUAAGCACGGUAAAUUUGUGAAAAUUGAAAGCGACGGAAGAUUUAAAAUUGAAGGAGCUAGAAGUCUUCGGGUAUUAUGUUUUACUAAAGCUGAAAAUGUACCAGAGUAUUUGCUUCAAUCAGAUGGUUCCUACUUUGUCAUUCCCGAUCCAAAAUGCCCAAACUACUUUGAAUGUUUCAAUACCUUAGUAGAACAAUUGGAACAAGCUAAUUUAUAUGUAAUUGCCCGUCGUGUAUAUAAUAAGGAUUUCAAUCCGAAAUUUGUGGCAUUAAUACCAAAGACAAAUCUCAAUACCAAAGGCUUUAUUCUAUGCCAGCUACCUUACGCAGAUGAUAUUGCCCACACUUACACCGAACAACCUCUUUCAACAGCCCAAAAAGUGGACGCAAAUAAAGAUGUUUACAAUUUUUUGGAUUCAAUUAAUGUGGACAAUGAAAAUUGUCAACUAAAAGUUCCUCUUGCGCCUCCAAUAUCGGAAUAUGCUAGUGGCUGGGAUAUUAUUGAGAAGGUUAAAGAAAAAACUGUUGAAGAACAAUAUUUGGUCAAGAAAAAAAAAAUUGCUAAUGCUGCAUUGAACAUGGAUACGUUGCAGAAUAAAUGGCCAGUGAGACAACUAGAAACUGUGAAAAAAGAAGAAACCAAGGCUGAUGAUUUUGAUAAUGUUGAUGAUUUUUCUUUCAAUUAAGUGUGAAUAAUUUACUUUGUUUUUGUUACUAAUAAUUUAAUUUGUAUUAAAUAAAAACUAAAAUUUAUUCUUUGGUAACUGGUCGUCUUCUAGCCUUAGCUCCUUUUUUGUCUUUCCCACUGUCCUUUGUUGUUGACUGAACAGUAUUGCCAGCUAAAAAGUUGCUGACUGCAUCACCUACUUGAGGCACUUCAAACUUUGUCAUUUUUUGUAUUUGUUCCAAGUCUUUUUUGGUUUCUGGAUCGUUCAUUAGUUUUGGCAAAACCAUCACUAACAGUACGGGGAAAAGCAUCAUCAUUAUCAUCGGAUUGAAUAGUAAAUCGGUAAUUCUCCAUUGAUCUCUGGCUUGGAAAUAUCUAGUUUUGCCUAAAGCUUUAAUUUUUAGAGGAUAAGGUAUUUGAUUGACCGUAGACGUUUGGAUAUGGUUAACUUUCCUAGCUCUAAAUUUGCCUUUUGAAUUGAUUUCAACUCUUGCAGGUUCAAAUGUGAGUUCUGGAUUUAGUAUUUCAACUAUAUAGGAACCAGAGGGUACGUUGUGUACCAUAAAACUACCAUCUCGUUUGACGAAACCUA